CCUGGCUCUCCUAGUGAGCAAAAGGAGCAGCAUGUCUCCAAAGAGAAAUACUCCGUUGCCCGAGUCUCCAGCACAACGUUGCUGCCAUCAGCAUUCUUGCUGGCCGGAUGUACAGCACACAGACAGCAGAGAGCAAGGAAGAAGAGCCCCUGCACACCAUCAUCAGCGACACGGAGAAUGUGAAAGGUGCAGCCUCCAAACAUGAGUUUCAGGCUGAGACGAAGAAACUGCUGGACAUUGUUGCUCGUUCCUUGUACUCGGAGAAGGAGGUGUUUAUCCGGGAGCUGAUCUCCAAUGGCAGCGAUGCGCUGGAGAAACUGCGUCAUCGGCUUACGACAGAAGGGAAGGCCUUGCCGGAGAUGGAGAUUCAUCUGCAGACGGACCCUGGAAAGGGAACCAUCACUAUCCAGGACACGGGUAUUGGGAUGACCCAGGAAGAGCUUGUUUCUAACCUUGGUACCAUCGCUCGAUCAGGCUCAAAGGCAUUUCUGGAUGCUCUGCAGAACCAGGCUGAAGCCACUAGUAAAAUCAUUGGCCAGUUUGGAGUAGGUUUCUACUCAGCCUUCAUGGUGGCCGAUAAGGUGGAGGUGUUUUCGCAGUCUGCAGAACCUGGGAGCCCAGGCUACCACUGGUCUUCAGAUGGUUCAGGAGUGUUUGAGAUUGCAGAAGCAUCUGGUGUCAGAACUGGGACUAAGAUUAUUAUACAUCUCAAAGAAGACUGCAAGGAGUUUGCAAAUGAGGACCGAGUCAAAGAGGUGGUGACAAAAUACAGCAACUUCAUCAGCUUCCCGCUGUACCUCAAUGGGAGACGAAUUAACACAUUACAGGCACUCUGGAUGCUGGACCCCAAGGACAUUGGCGAAUGGCAGCAUGAGGAAUUCUACCGCUUCAUAGCACAGGCUUAUGACAAGCCCCGCUACAUCCUGCACUACAAGACUGAUGCUCCCCUCAACAUCCGCAGCAUCUUCUACGUGCCUGACCAGAAACCAUCCAUGUUUGACAUCAGCAGAGAACUGGGCUCCGGCGUUGCCCUCUACAGCCGCAAAAUUCUCAUCCAAACCAAAGCUGCAGACAUUCUGCCUAAAUGGCUGCGUUUUCUUAGAGGUGUUGUGGACAGUGAGGAUAUACCCCUGAACCUCAGCAGGGAGCUGCUGCAGGAGAGUGCCCUUAUCAGGAAGCUCCGAGAUGUUUUGCAGAAGAGGUUGAUCAAGUUUUUCCUCGACCAGAGCAAGAAGGACCCUGAGAAAUAUGCCAAAUUCUUUGAAGACUAUGGGCUGUUCAUGAGAGAGGGGAUUGUCACCAUAGCUGAGCAGGAUGUCAAGGAGGACAUAGCGAAGCUGCUGCGUUAUGAAUCGUCCAACCUGCCUGCAGGCCAGCUGACCAGCCUCACUGAGUACGCCUCCCGCAUGAAGGCAGGGAGCAGGAACAUCUACUACCUGUGCGCGCCCAACCGGCAGCUUGCCGAGCAUUCCCCGUAUUUUGAGGCCAUGAAGAAAAAGGACAUGGAGGUCCUGUUUUGCUAUGAGCAAUUUGAUGAGCUGACACUCUUACACCUUCGGGAGUUUGACAAGAAAAAGCUGAUCUCGGUGGAGACAGAUAUCGUUGUUGAUCACUAUAAGGAAGAGAAGUUUGAGGAGAGCCGCCCAGCUGCAGAACGUCUGACAGAGAAGGAGGCCGAGGAUCUGAUGGCCUGGAUGCGAAAUGCCUUAGGCUCUCGAAUCACUGGUGUUAAGGUGACUACACGACUGGACACCCACCCUGCCAUGAUCACUGUUCUUGAGAUGGGGGCAGCCCGACACUUUCUUCGCAUGCAGCAGCUGGCUAAGACCCAAGAGGAGCGUGCGCAGCUCCUGCAGCCCACCCUGGAGAUCAACACAGGACAUGCUCUGAUUAAGAAGCUUAACGAACUGAAGGACAGUCAGCCUGAUCUGGCUCAGCUGUUGCUUGAUCAGAUUUAUGAAAAUGCCAUGAUAGCAGCGGGAUUGAAUGAUGAUCCCAGACCAAUGGUGAGCCGGCUGAACGAACUCCUCACCAAAAUCCUGGAGAAAAACUGAGCCCUAGAGAAGACUGAAAGAUUAAUUCUGUACUGAUAUCUUUUUCCUCAAGUGCAGUCACUCUGUCAGCUAUUGCAGCAUCUGUCUGUUUGCAGGUACUGUACAGAGAGGGGUUCACCUGACCGAUGUCCAAGGAGAAUGCAGUGGACUCCCAGUCCUCACUGCACAGGGGCACUUGCAGUUAUUAGAUCAUGUGUCAUUGGCUGAUCAAAGUGCUAUGUUCUUAGAGGCAACAAAAUCUGGAAAUUGCAGCUAAAACAACGUGCCAGGAUUUCUGACACAAACCUACGGAGCCUCGUACCAUUUCUACAAAUGGCCUUUGCCAGCUGAUGGCAACCAAUUAGGUCUGUGAAUGCACCCCCUUCAUCCACUGAAGAAUGAAUUCCUGUGCACAGUUAGUCUCAGAACAUCACUAACAUAAUCAGUUAAUUUUUCAAGAAACCUCCACCUCUGACUAGACAGAAGGAGUUACCUGGCAUGGAGAUAGAUUGCUGCCAUUAGCAGACACAGGUACUGUGAGUGGAAGAGUGACAUUUCAGUACAAUCCCAUGGCAGAAAAGGUCACCAAGCUGCUGGAUAAUUGUGUUCAUCUUGGUAUUGCUGCAGAGACAGGGCACUAACUGGGAAAUAGCUUUCUAGCUUUCUGCAGAAUCUCUAGGGUCCUGUGUAGGAUAAUUUGCAUGUUCAGCCAAUCUGUAUUUAUCAUAAAUAAACUCCUGUUCUUUUCCA